GUCACUCUAUUUGGAAUUGAAUCUUUGCUGCGCGAAAACAUUUUGGUUUGUUUUAUAAAUGUUUGCAAAUGGCAGCUGCAGCAGAGGGAAUCGAUGGCGUUUACUCGGUGCGCCUGGUCAUCGCGGAUUUCUACAUGGAGAAGCCGCAGUUCGGCCUGGAUCCCUGCUACUCCGAGCUGCGCGGCAAGGAGAUCAAGCGGGUUCCAGUGAUUAGGGUGUUCGGUGGCAACUCCAGUGGCCAGAAGACCUGCAUGCAUGUGCACGGUGUGUUCCCCUACUUCUACAUUCCGUACGACAAGAAGGACUUCGAGAGCCUUGAGCGAGGUAUCCUUCAGAUUGCAAUGCACCUGGACAAGGCCUUAAACAUAUCCCUGGGCCAGGGCAGCUCCAAUGCCCAGCAUGUCUUCAAAGUUCAGCUGGUCAAGGGCAUACCCUUUUAUGGCUACCAUCGCGUGGAGCACCAGUUCCUCAAGAUCUACAUGUUCAAUCCCCGCUUCGUACGUCGCGCCGCCAAUCUUCUCCAGAGCGGCGUCAUUUUGAGCAAGAAUUUCAGUCCGCACGAGUCGCAUGUGCCAUACAUCCUGCAGUUUAUGAUCGAUUACAAUCUAUACGGGAUGAGCUACGUGCAUGUUCCGCUGGAGGUGCUCAAGUUCCGGCGCAAUCACGAGGAUGAGGUAAUACCCUAUUCAAAUGUCAAGCCCGCCCAGCUGCUGGACAUCAUAAGCGUGAGGAAAGUGGCCUGCAGUGCCUUAGAGGUGGAUGUCAGCUCCAGUUUCAUACUGAACCGCUUCCAGCUAGUGGCCAAGAGCAAGGGCAAUCACACCAAUCCUGGCAUCGAGGCGAUCUGGAAUGAUGAGAACCUGCGUCGCCAGAAACUGGUUGAGAAACACACAGCUGCUGGGGAUGAGGAGAAGGUCCAAGCGGUGCCUGUUUUGCAAUUACCGCCUACGCAAGAGCGUCACCAAAUAGAAGUCGCCGAGAGCGAUGUCUUCUACCGCACCGCUUUAGAAAGCAAGCUGAUGACACUGGAGCAGUCUACGUUGUCCGAGCAAACCUUGUCGGAUCAGACAACCCUGGCUAAUGUCACCAUGCAGACCACUUUGCCCGGCAGCAAGGAGCAAAGGCGUACUUUCAAUCUGCAAAAACUUCUAGCCAACGCCGUUUAUCCCGAGGAAUGCUCGCAGGAUCAGCAGCAACUAUUGGUUAACGCUUCCUUCAUACAAAACCAUGUAACCUGUGGUAACGGCAACAAUGUCAGCUUAUCUACCCCGACGAAUGAGUCUGAUUACUUGGACGAUACUUUGGUAGACGAGGAGCUUAUCCUCAGUCUCACACAGCCACAUGGAGCGAUGCCCCACGAUGCCACCUUAAGGGAAGAGGAUUUGGAACUUUUGGAUGCCUUGCAAGAGCUGGAGGAGCAGAAUGAUAAUGAACCUCAUGUGGACUUGGACAGCUCUUUGGCUCCUUUGUCGCAGCUUAAAACCUACGAUCUUACGCCUGAGCUGUUGGACAAGGAGACGGCAGCCGCUGCUGUGGGCUCGCAUGCUCUCUUUGACGAGGAUUGUGGCUCCGACGAAGAUGCGGAUCAGGAAAACCGACAUGAUUUCUCCAUUGCCCUUGACGAUGUGGAUGAGCUGCUACUUAAGCUAACUCAAAGCCAGCCGAAACCUCCGGAACCGAAACAUCGGAAAGCAUCAGAUAAGUUGCCGCAAGUCGAUGGCGCUGAUGAUGGCAUACAGCGGACACCUAAAAAGUUAAGCAGCUCCAAGCCAAAGGGGAGUCCUCCCAAGACACCCACCACACCAAAAGGACAGAAAAGCCUGUUGAAAUCCCCUCGCACUCCAAAAACUAGUGCGGCCAAGAAAUAUGCUCCACUGGCACUGACUAUUGGGAGCAGUUCAGCAAAGAAAACCAACGUAGAAAGCACAGGAAAAACGCUGAAUCCCCGUCUCAGUUUGCAGCUUGAUCUAGGAACAGGAACACCGGGAAUACCUCGGCCAGAAAUCCCUCUUCGCAAGAAACUAGCGUUGACGGAGCUGCGACGAAAAAGUGUUGAGGAAAACAGUUUCGUUCAACUAAGAAACGAUUGUACUCCUCUUCGGAGUACCAGGCGAUCAACUCGCAACCUGGACAAAACACACAUUAUUUGCUCCCUGACUCCGCGGGAUAGGAACCCCAGCUUAUCCGACAUGUUCGAAACAGCAGAUGGCGAGCAAAUACCGACAGAAGAAGAGAUUAAGAAGCCACGAAGAAGUACUCGUCAUCAGGCAAAGGAUAUUCUAGUCAUGGAGGAAACUAAAGAACCAAAACCCAGUAAGGGAAAACCACGCAAGUCAGAAAGCAAGGCUUUGAAUGACAUAAAACCACGCCGAAGUGCUCGCCAUCAGGAGAAUUCGACUAACACCGAAGAUAACUUUAGUGAAAUAGAAAAAACAAAGCCCCGAGCCAGCACUUCUAGUCGGUGUAAAGUUUUGAAGAACCCUAUACUUGAAUAUGAUCCUCUAUCUGAAAGCUCCGUAAAAAAUACUGAUAAUGGAACUGUGGAAGUAGUACCAGAAAACCAAAUUAUAUUAACUAACUCAAAGGAGAUUCUUAAGCAAAAUCAAACAAAUAGUUCCAAGCGGUCUAAAGAUCUCAAAACAAGUCCUGAAAACAAUGCAGAUGAGCUUAAUAAAAUAAUUGCAACGAAGGCUGCCGUUUCAAAACCAGAAACUCCAGGAAAAUGUGAAAAUUUACAAAAUGAUCUUAAUCUCCAGGAAUUACCUGUUACAUCUUCUAGCCACUUCGCAGGAAGCGAUAAUGAGGCCAUCGAAUCUGACACGGAAAGCGAUAAUAUGAUCCCCAAACUGCGUAAAACUCCCAACUUGAGGCGAUUGCGAAGAAGCUUUCGUUCGGAGUUAUUAACAAAACAGCUAACUCCCAGUUCAAGCAAAGCACCACCUGAAAUCCAGACAACGCCACAGUUGAGUCCCAAGAGCAAUGAAAGCCACACACCGGAGUUAAUGAGAAGUUUCUACGAGCACUCGAUGAUUGUAGACAGUCCGUCCGUCUUUAGUGACCUGUUAGAUAGCCCGAUGACGACUUUGGAUUCUCCUCAGCCCGUUGCUGCUAGUACCAAUAACAACUCCUUUGUGAUUGCUCCGCUGGAGCUGCCUCCAUCAUACGAUGAAGUGGUUCGCGGUUGCCGCAAGAUGGACAUACCCGAGUACGAGUUCCAGAAGCCUUUCUACAGCAAUCCCUCCGAUGUGAGCAAGGUGACGGAGGUGGGCUUCCUAGUGCUACACAUCCCGGGCAACAAGCUCAAUGACUGCGAGCCAUUCCAGAGCGUCCUGGGGAAUGAUCGUGGGUUGGCCUCCUGGCGGCGUCAGCGACUGGUGGCCAUCGGUGGCCCAGCCAUGUUGCAGCGUCACAGGGGUGAACAAAGGAUGCGAGAGUACUUUAGCACCAAGCAGAGGGUGGCAAUCGAACCUGUACAGCGUGCACCCACCUGGCAAGAGGCCAAGAUCUGGCUGAAGGCCAAGGAGCUGCUCCGUCAGCGCGAGGAACCCAGGAAUCCAGGUGCCGACAUAGACAGCCCCAUUAAGAUUAAACGCCAGAAGAUCACCAUGAUGCUGCAGGCGGAAGAAGGCGGCGGUGGGAGUGGAGAUGAAGAUGCUGGUGAGGAUUUCGAGUGCAGCCUAAGCCUCACACCCUUGUCCCAAGCUACGGAUAAAGCGAAGGCAACCCCAAUAAGUAGCAAGGCUAAAGAAUCGGCUAAGAAACGCAUAAAACGAGGAACCAAGCUGAAUUUCAAGGAGUGCGUGGAAGAAGAACCAAUCAGCUCGCAGUCCAGCGAGCAGAGCGUCUCCAGUAGCGCUGCCCAGGCUGAGCUAGAGCGGAGUUCGUUCCUACGCCAGUUGGAGGUCAGUAGCCAGCCGAGGCAGCACGAUCUCAGCUUUGGACUCAGUCACGCCACAUUGGACAACACGUUCGGGUUCAAGGUUAAUUUGGAGAACCUGCAGCAGGCCAAGGCGGACAUUGAUUGCAACCACCUGACCAUUAUAACAUUAGAGGUUUUUGUGUCCACGCGAGGAGAUCUUCAGCCGGAUCCGAUGUAUGAUGAGAUGCGCUGUUUGUUUUACGCUAUCGAGCACAAUUUGCCGGAUGAAAAUCUACCCAGCAAAGCCUGUGGCUAUAUUAUGGUAAAUAACGACCAGGACUUGCUAGGUGAAGGAUGUAUUCAUGGUCUGGAUCGGGAUAUUGAAGUGCAAGUGGUGGCAAGUGAGGCGGAGGCGUUUGAGGCGCUGCUGGCCUUGUGUGGCCGUUGGGAUGCGGACAUAUAUGCCGGCUACGAGAUCGAGAUGGCCUCCUGGGGCUUUGUGAUCGAUCGGGCUAAGCAUCUGUGCUUUAACAUAGCUCCACUGUUGUCACGCGUGCCCACGCAGAAGGUUCGGGACUUUGUGGACGAGGAUCGGGAGCAGUUCACCGACCUAGAUGUGGAAAUGAAACUAUGCGGUCGAAUUCUACUGGACGUGUGGCGGCUGAUGCGAUCGGAGAUCGCCUUGACGUCGUACACCUUCGAGAACGUGAUGUAUCACAUUCUGCAUAAGAGAUGUCCCUGGCACACGGCCAAGUCGCUCAGCGAAUGGUUUGCCUCGCCCUGCACACGCUGGAUAGUAUUGGAGUACUACUUGGAGCGGGUGCGUGGCACUUUGGCCCUCCUGGAUCAGUUGGACUUGCUGGGACGCACCAGCGAAAUGGCCAAGCUCAUUGGCAUCCAGUUCUACGAGGUGCUGUCGCGUGGAUCGCAGUUUCGCGUGGAGAGUAUGAUGUUAAGAAUCGCCAAGCCGAAAAACCUGGUGCCACUCUCGCCCAGCGUCCAGGCUCGAGCUCAUAUGCGGGCGCCCGAGUACCUGGCGCUCAUCAUGGAGCCGCAGUCGCGAUUUUACGCUGACCCCCUGAUCGUGCUCGACUUUCAGAGCCUGUACCCCAGCAUGAUUAUCGCCUACAACUACUGCUUCUCCACAUGUCUGGGUAGAGUGGAGCACCUGGGCGGUAGUUCACCCUUCGAAUUCGGGGCCUCGCAGCUGCGUGUCCCCCGACAGAUGCUGCAGAAGCUGCUGGAGCACGACCUGGUUACCGUUUCGCCCUGCGGCGUCGUCUUUGUCAAGCGGGAAGUGCGCGAGGGCAUCCUACCGCGCAUGCUUACCGAGAUCCUAGACACGCGGCAAAUGGUCAAGCAGUCAAUGAAACUCCACAAGGAUAGCUCAGCUCUUCAGCGGAUUCUUCACUCCCGACAGUUGGGCCUCAAACUGAUGGCCAAUGUCACCUAUGGUUAUACAGCUGCCAACUUUAGUGGCAGAAUGCCUGCGGUAGAAGUGGGUGAUUCGGUUGUGUCUAAGGGUCGGGAGACUCUGGAACGGGCAAUUAAACUAGUGGAGACCAAUGAGGAGUGGAAGGUGCGUGUCGUCUACGGCGAUACGGACUCCAUGUUCGUUCUGGUCCCUGGUCGAAAUCGAGCUGAAGCCUUUCGAAUCGGGGAGGAGAUUGCUCAAGCCGUUACCGAGAUGAAUCCGCAGCCAGUUAAGCUAAAGCUGGAAAAGGUCUAUCAACCCUGCAUGCUUCAAACGAAAAAGCGCUACGUGGGCUACAUGUACGAGACUGCCGAUCAGGCGCAACCGGUUUACGAGGCCAAGGGCAUUGAGACAGUGCGGCGGGAUGGCUGUCCUGCGGUAGCCAAGAUGCUGGAGAAGGUGUUGCGCAUUUUGUUCGAAACUCAGGACGUCAGCAAGAUCAAGGAAUACGUAUGCCGGCAGUUCACCAAGCUGCUUUCGGGCAGGGCCAACCUGCAGGAUCUGAUUUUCGCCAAGGAAUUCAGGGGUCUUAAUGGUUACAAACCCACGGCCUGUGUGCCAGCAUUGGCACUUACAAGAAAAUGGAUGCAGAAGGAUCCACGACAUGUGCCGCGUCGCGGUGAGCGCGUACCCUUUAUAAUAGUCAACGGACCGCCGGGCAUGCAGCUCAUCCGCUUGGUACGCAGCCCACACGACAUCCUGGCCAAUGAGGGUCACAAGAUCAAUGCCAUUUACUACAUCACCAAGGCGAUAAUUCCACCGCUGAAUCGUUGCCUGCUGCUGAUCGGUGCAAAUGUCCAUGAUUGGUUUGCCAGUCUGCCGAGGAAGUUGCUCAUGACGCCGGCUGUGGGAACAGCCAACGAAUUGGCCGGUGCAAAAGGCGCCAAGUCCACCAUUUCCCAGUACUUUUCCACCACCAGCUGUGUGAUCGACUGUGGUCGCCAAACCAAGGCAGGCAUUUGCCCAGAUUGCCUGAAGAACGCCUCCAAAUGUGUAGUAGUUCUCUCGGAUAAGACAGCCCGUUUGGACAGGGGCUACCAGCUAACGCGGCAGAUCUGCCAGGCCUGUUGCGGACGUCUGGGUAAUCUCCAGUGUGAUUCCCUCGACUGCCCAGUACUCUAUGUGUUGGAAGGAAAGCGUCGGGAACUCCAGCAAAUCGAACACUUUCACAAGUUGUUGGAGGACCACUUCUAAAGCCAACACAAUAAACUACUCAUUUUUAAGGGAUGUUUAUAUAUUUUAACUUGCGAGCUCGCUUACAAAAGUUAAAAUUACAUUCAUUGCUUCAGCCAGUGUUUCUAAACAUGUACAUAGCUUAUACACUACUUUUAUGCGUUUGGGUGAUUUCUGUCGUGUGUAAUACUAGAGGAAUUGUUAACUAUUGAUAUUGUUUAAGUUUAUCGUGUUGUGAUUGUUUUGUGAGCUAUGAGCAUGCAGCCAAUAAAUGAGUGUUGUAAUGUUUACUUAAAA